AUGAAAUCCAGUUCCUGUUUUGGCAAAAGUUGGUCCAAAUUCAAGUCUCUUGAGGUAGCAACAAAGAAUUGCAUAAAUAAGACUUGGGCCCAUCAGGAGACUGCUGCAACUUUAGAUGAUGAAAUUGAUCCAAAUACAUAUUCCAUGGCCGUGGUGGAACAUGGAGAUUUUACUGGAGUACGACCUCCUAGGGCGAUCUUGAAACUGGCAGCGUUGGGUGCCCUAGCUGGAGGGGCUGCUCUAGUUGGAGGUGCAGCUUUGGCAGGUGGUGCUGCUUUGGGUGUUGGAGCUGCAGCUGUGGGCGCCGGAGUAGCAGGAGCCGCUAUUGGCUCACUGAGUCGUGGUAUUGGUGGUGGAGGCUUCGGUGGCGGCGGUUAUGGGGGUUAUGGCGGUGGUGGUUACGGAGGCUAUGGUGGCUAUGGAGGAGGACAUGGAGGCUAUGGUGGUUAUGGCGGUGGUCAUGGAGGCUAUGGCGGUGGCCAUGGAGGCUAUGGUGGCAGCUAUUCUGGAGUCUAUGCAGGAUCAUAUUCUGGUUCAUAUGGCGGUAACUAUGGUGGCUGGGGUGGCAAUGGAGGAGGAUGGGGAGGCUAUUGGAGAUAA